AUGUUGGGGCGUUUGAAUGUGGCCAAACAGCUUGCACGUCAGAACUCACUGACUGGCGAUGGUGAACGCAACCUCGACUGCCUUGUUGAAAUGCUCAAAUCGGGCGACGCGGAAAGUGCGACAGAUAUUCGGACGGAUGGCCAGAUUGGGCAAGAAGCGCUCGUCUGGGCUGUCCUCCAGUGGUAAGUGCUGCACACUUUCAUCGUUGUAGCACUAGUAAAUGCACGUUGGUCUGGAAUUGUAUUUUGGUUAACAUAAUGUCUUGUGUUAGAUUGUUCCCAGGCUCCCGUCUCUCCGUUCUAGCACUAUAGUAAAAUCAAGGCUGGAUGGAAAAUGGUCCAGUAGUGUCUACUUGUUUGUUUAACUUAAAAUCAUACUACGUGUCCCAGACAAUGUCGACGCUGUCGUAUUCCAGCAUCAUUUCUUCCUACUCGAAUAGUCACAUGAUCACGGGUAUAUACACCAGGUUGCCUGUUGCGACUGCGUUGAUUCCACAGAGUCGUUAGGACGACAUGCAUUUAUAUCUAUUGAAAAACAGGCAUCCCAAGAAAUAUAAUUAGAAAGAUGAAGUUCUUUGAUAAACAGCAAAAUUUUAUUGUGAAUUUUCGAGACUGGUUCCCCAGCUCGUCUUCAGACAAUGGGUGUGCAAAAACAAUUAACUUUUAGCCUGAGUCUAGCAAAAGGAGUCAAUGAUUGGUUAAGAUUGUCAUCUCGGGAUUGGCUGACUCAGUUUGAAUCUGUCCUUAACGAUUUUGUAUAUGGCAUCUAAAUCGAUAUGCCGGUUGAUGCAUGCCUCAUCUGAGUGCAUUGCUUCCAGGAAUUCGCGGCCUUUUCUUGAUUGGCAGGCGCCAACAAUGCGAGUGUUCUCCCAUGCGAAUUUAUGCCCAGUGUCUAGUGUGUGCAUGGCCACCUGGGAUAAAUGGUCGCGUCUCUUCACCGCUAACUGAUGCUCAUGUAAACGGGUUGAGACAGAUUUCCCAGUUUGGCCACAAUAAACGGCAUCACAACUAGAACACGGGAUUUUGUAGACGACACCUUUUCUUUCAAGGUAGCCGACCCUGUCCUUAGGGUGCACAAGCUGUGUGCGUAAGGUAGUUGCCGGUUGGUGUGCUACGUGUAUCUGGUACUUUUUUAAUUGUCUUUCGACAAGUUCAGAUACAUUUUUGACGUAUGGGAGAGUUCGCCAUGUGGUUUGUUUUGCUGCCUGAGUGGCCGUAGCAUUGGAAAUACCUUUUCCCUUGAGUUGCUGGUACCUCAUACAUUGACGUAUAAAGUCAUGCGAGUACCCAUUUUGGGAGAACAGUUUGUAGAGGUAUUUCAUUUCUGCUCGAUAGCUUGUUUCGUCAGAGCAGUGGGUUUUGGCUCUAUUCAGAAGGCUGUAGACUGUACUCCGUUUGUGAGAGACAGGGUGGUUACUCUCAAAGUGUAGGAUGACCUCUGAAUACGCCUCUUUGCGAUAAACUGAUGUCUGGAGUGAUCCAUCGGUUUUUCGACGUACAAGGACAUCCAGGAAUGGGAGUUGUCCAUCGACCUCUGUUUCCAAAGUAAAUGUAAUUCCUGGAAAUAUGGAGUUAAUAUUGGUAUGGAGUAGAUUCAACUGAUCUUUCUUGACGAUGACAAAAGUGUCAUCUACGUAUCGCAGCCAAAGUUUUGGAUUGACUGUGGGAAGGGCUAUGCUCUCUAAUUUCUGCAGUAAUGCUUCUGCCAGGAAACCGGAUAUUGGUGAACCCAUGGGGGCACCUUUUAAUUGCCGGUAGCAUUGAUUUGAGAAGGAAAAAUUGUCUCCAUACAGAGAUCAAGGAGUUGAAGUAAAGCUUCUGGAGGUACCUCAGAAGUAUAUGUUUGAAGCAGUUCUUCGGUGCAGCUUUUUGCUAAAUCUAGCGGAAUCGAAGUGAAAAGCGAGACCACAUCGAAUGACACCAUAAUCUCGUCACAUGUGAUGUUGACACCGCUUAAUUUGUCUAGAAACUCUUUUGAAUCCUGAAUGGAGUUCUCGGAGUUCUUCGUUAGUGGAUGUAGUUGACGAAAUAGCCAUUUCGAGAUCUUAUAGUUGGGUGCACCGAUUAGAGAGACUAUCGGUCGCAGCGGAAUAUCAGUUUUAUGAAUUUUGGGAAGACCAUAUAUCUUGGAAAUUGUUGGUUCAUCCUGUUUUAAAGACUUGGCAAGAACUCCUGUGAUUAAUUUCCUGCCCGAAAGGCGUUUCAGUGUUUUUUCAAUAUGUGAGUUUUGCGAUUUGGUGGGGUCGGCAGCUAGAGGUUCGUAUGUUGAAUCAUCUUUUAAGAGUGACAUCAUUUUGUCUGUGUAGUCUGUUUUGUUCAAAACAGUGGUGGCACCUCCUUUGUCGGCAGGUAGAAUGAUGAUGUCUUCGUCUUGUUUUAGAGCUUUAAGGGCUUUCUUUUCAUCAUAAGAUAGCGUUGAGAACUUUUUUCGGUUCUUCAAUGCCAAACUGGGAAAUCUGUCUCAACCCGUUUACAUGAGCAUCAGUUAGCGGUGAAGAGACGCGACCAUUUAUCCCAGGUGGCCAUGCACACACUAGACACUGGGCAUAAAUUCGCAUGGGAGAACACUCGCAUUGUUGGCGCCUGCCAAUCAAGAAAAGGCCGCGAAUUCCUGGAAGCAAUGCACUCAGAUGAGGCAUGCAUCAACCGGCAUAUCGAUUUAGAUGCCAUAUACAAAAUCGUUAAGGACAGAUUCAAACUGAGUCAGCCAAUCCCGAGAUGACAAUCUUAACCAAUCAUUGACUCCUUUUGCUAGACUCAGGCUAAAAGUUAAUUGUUUUUGCACACCCAUUGUCUGAAGACGAGCUGGGGAACCAGUCUCGAAAAUUCACAAUAAAAUUUUGCUGUUUCCCAAAGAACUUCAUCUUUCUAAUUUAUAUCUAUGUGCAAAUAUUGUCAGUCACAUUUCACGUUAGUUGUAGCCUUGGAUAUUACUUCUUACCAAUUGAGAUUUAGAUAGGCAAAUGUGAGGCGACCGGAUUUGCAUAAUGACACGUCGUCUACAUUACCAGUCACCAGGCCCUUCCUUCCCCUCUUUCCUGCAGGCUGCCCACAGUCGGACACGUCGGGGCCGGGGCUCAGUGGCUGGUUGUCGGUGCAGGAAGAGUCGCCCGAUCACUCAGUAAGUCAGUCCUCUGGACGCAUGAUGAUGAUGAUGACAUUGACCAGUUAGGGCAUUUUACAUUCCAUUGGUCGCUUAAUGCUCCCAAUAAACAUCUUCCCUCUUGCAUCGCCCAGGGAGUCCCACGCCUACUGCUGGAGAUGGUCGAGGCCCUGCGCAGACGUGGCCUAUGCAUGGAAGGCAUCUACCGAGUGCCAGGCCGAGCCUCAAAGAUUCAGGCAAUCAUGCAGUUGGCCAAUUCCGUAAGUCACCUACCUCAUUAAUCCUAUGCAUGCAGUGAAACUUCGUGAAUAUUAAGCUGACUUACCCUUACAUAGGUGUGUGUGUGUGUGCUAAUAUGCAGAUUCGCACUUCUUUGCAAUUUUAGAAUGUGAGCGAGUUGUGUGACCGGCUGGUGUGGGACGAGGACGCUUUUGAUGGUCGGGCAAUUUCGUCAGCCAUCAAGCUCUACUUGGCCACUAUGCCUGUCAGUCUUUUGAAUCCCCAUAUGUUUGCCUCGUUUGUGGCGUCGACGGCGAUGGGGAGAGCAUCGAAGAGAGGUGGCCGUUCUCUGCGGACACCAGUGGGCCUGGCUAGCGCACUAUGCCAAUUGCGAACAGCCCUCAUGAAGACCUUUGGCUGUCCCGGCAAUUCGAAAUCUGAGGACCGCGAGAGGGGGUGGCGCCUCGCAACGCUGGACUAUGUCAUGCGCCAUUUCAGGGAGGUUGUGGCCCUUCAGGCCACUAACCGCAUGUCUCCUCGCGCGCUGGCGCGCGCAUUUGACGCUGUUUCGCUGACGUGCACUUUCCCUCUUUCUCGCCCGCGCUAA